AUGGUCAUUGAUUCGGGUCGAGAGUCCAUGGCAUAUCAUGUCCAAACAUCGAUGCAGGACGAGCCUAAGGCCAAGCAGCUGCCAGUAACAUUGCUCUCGGGAUUCCUAGGAAGCGGAAAGACUACUUUGUUGAAACACAUUCUCAAGUCACCCGAUCAUGGCUUGCGCAUUGCUGUCAUUGUGAAUGACAUGAGUCAGCUCAACAUCGAUGCCGCCCUUAUCAAGAACCACAAGGUCUCUCAGACGACUGAGAAACUCAUCCAGCUACAGAACGGUUGUAUCUGCUGUACCCUCCGUGGCGAUCUUCUUUCCGAGUUAGCACGUCUCACAAAGCAAAAUGGGAUUGAAUAUGUCAUCAUUGAGAGCACCGGCAUUAGUGAGCCGAUGCAGGUCGCCGAGACAUUUACCGCAGAGUUCAGUGCUGCCAUGCUGGAGGCUGAGGACCAGAUUGCGGACACAGAUGAAGACACAAAGAAGGUCUUAAAGGAAAUCGUCGAAAUGGGCGGUCUACACACAUUGGCUCGUCUCGAUACUACAGUGACUGUCAUCGACGCCUUCAACCUGCUCUCAAACUUUGACACCACUGAGUUCCUAUCUGAUCGUUACGGAAAUUAUGAGAUCGUCCCCGAGGAUGAACGCACAAUCUCGGAUCUCAUGGUGGAUCAGAUCGAGUUUGCGGACGUCCUUAUCAUCAACAAGAUUGAAACCGUUGAUCAGGCGAGACGGGACAAGAUCUCUCAAUUGAUCAAGUUACUCAAUCCAGAUGCUAAGGUUCUCAUGUCCAGCUACUCUCAGGUCGACGUGCGUGAGAUCGUUGCAACGAAUAGAUUCGAUUUUGUGCGAGCUGCCUCUGGCGCAGGUUGGCUUCGUAGCUUGCAUGAGAUGACAGUCCAACAGACCGGGAAUGGGGAGCGAAUGGCUCCCAAGCCAGAGUCUCUAGAGUACGGAAUUAAUAACUUUGUAUACUCUGCCCGGCGGCCCUUUCACCCGCGUCGUCUGUUCUCCCUCCUCCACGACAAGUUCAUCCUCUUGCAGAACAAUGAAGUAGAGGAAGAACAGGAAGGCGACGAUAUGGAGGAAGAUGCGGAUGGUGACGAGCAAGAUGAUGACGAGAUGGAUACCGACUCUGACUCCAUGCAAGACUUUGAUCAACCAGACCCCGAGGACAUCCUGAAGAACAAACGCCAACACCCUGCUUUUGGACCUGUAUUGCGCUCCAAGGGCUUCUUCUGGCUACCUACUCGGCCAUUCCAAUUCGGCGAGUGGAGUCAAGCCGGCGGUAUGCUGACCGUUGGCUGUGGAGGUCCUUGGUUCGCCGAAGUACCUGAUGAAGCCUGGCCGGAAGAUGAAGAUGUCAUCAAGUCGAUUCAAAACGACUUCCAGGGCCCCUGGGGAGAUCGGCGCCAAGAGCUUGUGUUCAUUGGCGAGGGAAUCGAUCAAGCUGCGAUCUCGGCCCUUCUGGACGACUGUCUGCUGAGUGAUCAGGAUAUGCGGCAGUGGGAGAAGGUUAUGAAGAACAAGAAGCUUAGUCGAGAGGCUAAGACCAAAAAGUUGGCCAGUAUCUGGGAGGAUGGCUGGGAGGAAUGGCCUGCCUUUGAGAUCGAGGACGAGGAAGAGCUGGGGAAGCACCGCAUCAGCGAGUAUUUAGGCCAUCAACAAGGCCUUAACAGGGUCCAUAAGCAUGGCCAUCACUAG